AUGUGGAUCUGUGUCUCCAAUGACUUUGAACUUAGGAAUGUGCUCAUUAAAAUCCUCAAUUCUGCUUCAAACCCAAUUGGGGAAAACUUCAAUAACUUGGACAUAGAGCAACUUCAAAUUCAUUUAAGAAAUACAUUUCAUGGGCAGAAGUUCUUGCUUGUGUUGGAUGACGUGUGGAACGAGGAUCGUGCAAGAUGGGAUGAGUUGAAGGAAAUAAUAGAUGUGGGUGUUGAAAGGAGUAAAAUCCUAGUGACUACUCGUAGCCAUAAAGUAGCUGCCAUUAUGCACACUAAAUCCUCAAAUUCGUACCUUUUAGGAUGUCUCUCUGAAAAGGAUUCUCUUUCUCUAUUUGUGAAAUAUGCUUUUGAAGAUGGAGAUGAGAUGAAACAUCCACAACUAUUGAAAAUUGGGGAAGAAAUAGUAAACAAAUGUGGAGGGUUACCAUUGGCGGUGAAAACGGUGGGAAGUUCACUAUUCUCAAGGGUUGACGAGAAAGAAUGGGAGAGUGUAAGAGACAAUGAGAUUUGGAAUUUAAAACAAAAUGAAAAAGACAUUUUGCCUGCUCUCAAACUAAGUUACGAUCAACUCCCUUCAUAUUUAAAACCCUGUUUUGCUUCUUUCUCCCUUUUCCCAGAAGACACUUUUCUUUUUAGUUCUCAAGUUUGUAUGUUAUGGGGAGCACUUGGUUUUCUUCCACCACCAAAGGCAGGUGAAUCAAUGAUUGAUGUUGCCACUCAAUUGUUGCAUGAGCUAUGGUCAAGAUCUUUUCUUUCAGAAUAUGAAGACCAUGGAGGUGAGUGCAGGUUUAAAUUACAUGAUUUGGUGAUUGAACUAGCAGUAUAUAUUGCCAAAGGUAAGUUUGAAAUAAUAAAAAACCACAAUCCAAAAUCAUACAAGAAUGCCCAUCAUUUGACAUUUGCGGCAAAUAAUUUGCUUGAUCAAACUCUUCUUCCCAGAAGUCUCAGAAGCAUCACUUUUCCUAGGGGAGCUAAUAAUGAAGUUUUCUUGAAUACAUUGGUGUCAAGGUGCAAAUUCUUGAGGGUUUUAAACUUAGAUUUUUCUGAAUACGCAAGUCUGCCUCGCUGCAUCGGAAAGUUGAAACAUUUAAGAUCUCUCAGCCUUUUGGAAAAUGAAAACCUUACGGAACUCCCUGAUUCAAUUUGCAAACUUCAAAAUUUGCAAUCUUUGAUCCUUAAUGGGUGCAUAAAGCUACAAAAGUUACCCGAAGGACUAGGAAAUCUAAUAAGCCUUCGUCACCUGUUUAUAACCACCAAACAACCUGUUUUUCCAGAAAAAGAAGUUGCAAGUUUGACUUCUUUAGAACAAUUAGGCUUUUAUUAA